UCAGAUAAAGUAAUGGCAAAAACCACUUGGACUAUAAAACACAACAAAUCAUAACACUCGGACAAUAACACUGGCCACCCCAUGAGUUCCUAUUUCGUCAACUCAACUUUUCCCGUGUCUCUACCCGGAGGACAGGAGUCUUUCUUGGGUCAGAUACCGCUAUAUUCCUCUGGAUAUACAGAUCCUUUAAGACAUUAUCCAAGCGCUACGUUCGGAGCUACCAAUGUCCAGGACAAGGUUUACACCUCCUCGUAUUACCAGCAAGCUGGGGGCGUUUUUGGGAGAAGCGGAUCCACCAGUGCUUGUGACUACACAACACCCAACAUUUACCGAACCGCUGACCGUUCAUGCGCUAUCGGAGGUUUGGAAGACUCGCUGGUCCUAACACAGGACCAGUGCAAGACGGACUGCACUGAACAGGGUGCAGAGAGAUAUUUUAACAGUGAAGACAAACCGUGUACCCCGGUUUACCCGUGGAUGCAGAGGAUGAACUCGUGUAAUGGAAUUCCUGGCAGCACUGGCCGCAGGGGUCGUCAGACCUACACUCGGUUUCAGACUCUUGAACUGGAAAAGGAGUUCCACUUUAACAGAUAUUUGACCAGAAGGCGAAGAAUUGAAAUAUCGCACGCUCUGUGUUUGACGGAACGACAGAUAAAGAUAUGGUUCCAGAACCGCAGAAUGAAAUGGAAAAAGGAGAAUAAAGUGCUGAACUCCGCAAAGGUCAGCGAAGAGGAGGAUGGUGGAAAGGCGGGAUAAAUGCUAAAAAGCAGCUUAUGACGAAGCCCUAGAAACACUGUACAUAACAUGUAGCCUUGUAGUUUUAAUUAAUAAGUACUGGUCUGUCCAACAAGAAAAAAAACUACCUAAUAAGUUUUAUGUUGACAUAAAAAAGCUUCAAGAAAAGACUUUCUUUUUCAUUAAAUCAGGCGUCUGAAUAAAGACGGUAAAAGAUAUGGGAGGUGCUUUUACCACUGUUAUAUAUUUUGCGGUAUUUGGCUAUCUAAGAUAAUAAGACAUAUGUUUUCUCGCAGUUUGAACAUUCUAAUGCCUAUCAUUUGAAAGAAAACAUAAGUUCAAAGUUUAAAACUUUGGGAUUUUAAAGGUCUUACAUUGAAUAUGUAUUUCAGUCCGUUGUGUGCUAGAUAAAGAAGAAAAUGGGACAUUUUGAUGCUUAAUUUAUUGGGUCGUCACUUUUGUGUAUGUGUAUGUGAAUGC